AUGGUGACAUAUUGUCUUGUUGAUACUAGUAAGACCUUGUGGAUUAUGGACUUUGGCGCUUUAGAUCACAUGACAGAAUCCUACUUAAAGCACAUUCUAAAUGAAGGAAAAGAAAUUGCAAUCAGGAAAAGGCAAAGGAAGUUAUUUACAAACAUAAAUGAAAGUACUUCCUUUAGAAAAUCAAGCUCUUGGACUCAUAUUGAGUUCAAUCAUCCUGCAACAUUUGAUAACCUUGCCAUGGAAAAAUCCCAAAAAGAACUUAUCCUGAAUGAUCUUAUCCACUUUAGCAAGGCAAAAGAUUACUACAAAAAGAUAGGAAAGCCAUGGAAACGCGGUUAUCUUUUGUAUGGACCUCCAGGAACCGGGAAAUCAACCAUGGUUGUGGCAAUAGCGAAUUUGUUGGAGUACGAUAUCUAUGAUUUUGAGCUAACCGCGGUGAAGGACAACACGCAGCUAAGAAGACUACUCAUUGAGACUUCUAGUAAGUCUAUAAUUAAGCAAGAUAAGGAUAAGGAAGAUAAAGGAGAAGAGAAGGAUGAAAUUAAGAAGAAAAUGAAGGAAGAAGGAGAAACCAAGAAAAGUGAGGUAACUUUAUCUGGGUUACUUAAUUUUAUUGAUGGGAUAUGGUCUGCUUGCUGUGGAGAAGAAAGGGUGAUGUACUACAUAUAG